AUGUCUACACCGCCACGGGAAACUAUUCAGAAGCAAAUACAACAAGACUGGGCUAAUAGAGAGUAUAUUGAAGUUAUUACAGGCAGCAUAAAGAAGAUCACUGAUUUUCUUAAUUCCUUCGAUAUGUCCUGCCGAUCACGACUUGCAUCUUUAAAUGAGAAGCUAACAUCGUUAGAGAGAAAAAUAGACUACUUAGAAGCUUGCGUCACAAAAGGGGAAACACUGACAUAA